CAUCUCCAACGCCGAACCGUCUACAGACGCGCCCGUGGUCAACUUCUGGCUGCAAGCUGACGGCAGCCAAAGACCGGCACAAAUUGUUCCUGCACUCGAACUCGCCGAGCCCUUCGCACCGCCAGCUGAUGGCCGCACGCCGCCCGUCGCCGUCCGAAUCCAACUGCCAGCCGGAUUCGGCCCCCAUGAGGAGGCUCAAAUGGAGCCGGCGCUCGAGCACACAUCCAGCAUCGAUCGGCCUUCAUACGCGGCCAUGGUCAAACUAAAGCUGCAAGGACCGGCAGCACAAAUUGUUCCGGAACUCGCGUCGAACCCGUCGCACCGCCAGCUGAUGCACGCCCGCAGUUCGUCGCCGUACCAAUUGAAGAGCCGGCUGGGUUCCGCCCUCAUCAUUCGACUCAAAUGGAGCCGGCGUUGGACGACGCCACCAACAUCGAUCGGCCUACAUACGCGUCCGUGGUCAAAUCGUGGCUGCAAGCUGACGACAGUCAAGGACCGGCACAAAUUGUUCCUGCGCUCGAACUCGCCGAACCCGUCGCACCGCCGGCUGAUACACGCCCGGAGUUCGUCGCCAUCCCAAUUGAACUGCCAGCCGCUUUCGGCCCCCCAUGAUGAGCCUCAAAUGGAGCCGCCGCUAGACCACUCAUCCAACAUCGAUCGGCCUUCAUACGCGGCCGUGGUGAAGUCGUGGCUGCAAGCUGACGACAGUCAAGGACCGGUACAAAUUGUUCCUGCGCUCGAACUCGCCGAACCCGUCGCACCGCCGGCUGAUACACGCCCGGCGUUCGUCUCCGUCCCGAUCGAAGAGCCGGCUGUGUUCCGCCCACACGAUGAGAUUCAAAUGGAACCGGCGCUGAGACCAUUAAGCCACAUAAUUAUAAAAACGACCGACAGUUUC